AGCCCUCAAGCAUACUCUAAGCAGUUUGCGUGUUCGUUCACUUUCAACCUCCAGCCAUGCGUGAGCUCGUGCACGUUCAGGGAGGACAGUGCGGCAACCAGAUCGGUGCCAAGUUCUGGGAGGUCAUUGCUGACGAGCACGGCAUUGACCCAACAGGAACUUAUCAUGGUGACUCGGACCUGCAGCUUGAACGCAUCAACGUGUAUUUCAACGAGGCAACGGGUGGACGCUAUGUGCCACGCGCUGUUCUAAUGGACCUCGAGCCAGGCACCAUGGACAGUGUUCGCGCUGGACCUUUUGGACAGCUCUUCCGCCCAGACAACUUUGUUUUCGGCCAGACCGGAGCUGGAAACAAUUGGGCGAAGGGACACUACACCGAGGGAGCCGAGCUGAUUGACUCAGUCUUGGAUGUCGUCCGCAAAGAAGCCGAGGGUUGCGACUGCCUGCAAGGAUUCCAACUUUGCCAUUCUCUUGGUGGUGGCACUGGUGCUGGCAUGGGAACACUGCUGAUUUCUAAAGUGCGAGAAGAGUAUCCGGAUCGCAUCAUGGAAACAUUCUCUGUGAUUCCAUCGCCAAAGGUGUCCGACACAGUGGUCGAGCCGUACAACGCUGUCCUGAGCUUUCACCAGUUGGUGGAGAACUCAGAUGAGUCCUUUUUGCUGGACAACGAGGCUUUGUACGAUAUUUGCUUCCGCACUUUGAAGCUGACCACGCCCACCUAUGGUGACCUGAAUCACUUGGUGUCAGCAGCAAUGUCGGGUGUGACUUGCUGCCUGCGCUUCCCAGGACAGCUGAACUGUGACCUGCGCAAGAUUGCAGUGAACCUGGUGCCGUUCCCUCGGUUGCAUUUCUUCAUGACCGGCUUUGCGCCUUUGACUUCCCGUGGAUCGCAGCAGUAUCGUGCACUCACUGUUCCAGAGCUUACACAACAGAUGUUCGAUGCGAAGAACAUGAUGUGCGCGGCUGAUCCUCGCCAUGGCCGCUACUUGACAGCAGCUGCCCUCUUCCGCGGCCGCAUGUCGACAAAGGAGGUGGACGAGCAGAUGCUGAACGUCCAAAACAAGAACUCCUCCUACUUUGUCGAGUGGAUUCCAAACAACAUCAAGGCAUCUGUGUGCGACAUUCCUCCAAAGGGACUGAAGAUGGCCGUGGCAUUUGCAGGCAACUCAACUGCCAUCCAGGAGAUGUUCAAGAGGGUUGCAGAGUACUUCACUGCAAUGUUCCGCCGCAAGGCCUUCUUGCACUGGUACACUGGUGAGGGUAUGGAUGAGAUGGAGUUCACUGAGGCUGAGUCGAACAUGAACGAUUUGGUUUCGGAAUACCAGCAGUACCAGGAUGCAACUGCUGAAGAGGAGGGUGAAUUCGACGAGGAGGAAGGUGAGUACGACGGAUGACAAAGGUCAUCUCGCACUUGAGACCACCACAGAUCCUUUUGUCUCGAGUUCUCGACCUGUCUCACUGUCUGAAGUGGGGUAAGAUGCAGAAGGCAUGGAGCUGGGGAGGGUUUGCUGUAUGGAGUGCACAGAUAGCGCACACGUACUGCACACGUAGUGCGCGUUUGCUGAGUGCGUGGUUACCACUCAGUGAUAGAUUUGUGCAAAGUGAGACAGAUGCACCUUGAUGAAGCACCCGCUACAUUUGCUUCAUUUGCUUUCUACUUGCUGCUAGACUUCAGGGAGGAUAUAUGGUUCUGAACGGGUGCAGAAUCUUGACAAUCAACAACGGCUUGGUGUCACCUGGGUGCUCCAACCCUUUCGG